ACGAUCACAUGAAACAAGAAUGAAAACGUCACUUCUUCUUGGGUCUAUUCUCUGUUUAUUUUGUUUGUCUCGUGCAAGAGACAUUAAAAUGGGGAUCUUUCUUCCCUUCACUGGUAGUUGGCCAGGUGGUCCAAAGAUGGCAUCAGCAAUCCUUAUUGCUAUGGACAAAGUAAACAAUGAUAUUUACUGGCUUCAAGGACAUAACCUGACCUACUUAGUUAAAGACAGUAAAUGUGAAGCAAGAAGUUCUCUAGCCAUUUUGGUAGACUAUUAUACAGUGGAAAGCCCCAAAGUUGAUGUCUUCAUUGGUCCUGGCUGUUCUGUGGCAUGUAUUCCUGGUGCUUACAUAGCAGAGCACUGGAACAUUCCCAUGAUAUCUUGGGGAUGCACUGCCUCAGUGUUAUCCGACAAAACCCUGUAUCCCUACUUUGUACGCACAGCUGGCACAUACACUGGUUUGGGAGAACUCCUAAGAGCCUUUUUAGACCAGUACAAGUGGGAUCGCAUAGGUAUCAUGGCCUCAACAGAAACCGUUUUCUCAGAGACUGGCAAUUCAGCAAAGGUCACUCUGGAGAAAGAUAACAAGUUUCAGGUGCCCUUUUUUGGGAGCUUCGAUCCUGGAGCAACUGACCUUUACAAAUUAAAAUCAAUGGUCAGGUCUAUGGCAACCAAGGCACGUGUGUUUAUGCUGCUUUGCUACGGUGAUGCUAUGAGACGUCUGAUGCUUAUCUUCAGUGAGCUGGGUCUAUUAAAUGGCGAGUAUGUGGUGGUUGCCUUAGAGACACUCCCAGCCUCAUGCGAAGCAGGAGAUAGUAGAGAUGAAGAGGCUUGUAGGGCCUUUGAAGGAAUCAUUGAUGUUAGUCAGUACAUCCCAGAUUCACAGGCCUAUGAGGAUUUUACAACCAGUGUUUACAACAGGAUGCCUGAAAUGAACUAUUCCAUGAAUGCACCCAACGAGGCAAGUGUCCCAAUACUAUAAAAAGCUUUGCGAAACAUUAAGUGUUUUUUAAAUGAAAAGAACGAAGACCCACUGAUAUUGAUCUUCAUCUUCUUCUGGAUCAAAACAACCACAAUAUGAUCAAGACAAAUCCCAUUAAUUUUGUAGUGGUCUGUCUCUUUGCUCACAGGUCAGCUAUAAUCUGUCUUGUUUAUAUCAAUACAGAAAAAGAAGAAAUUUGUCCAAGAUUAUCAUUCUUUAUGAUUUCUCUCAAGUCUUGGUGAUUUGAACUGAUUCAACAAUGGGAAGUGAAAAUUUAAAGGAAUAUCAAGGAAAUUGACUGAUUUCGACAUAUUAAAAUUCAGCUUGGCAGUGAGGCUUAGAGGACACAAACAAAGGAAACUG